UUUUAGCACUUAAAAAACACUUCUUACCUGAGCAACAACUUUAGCUAACAAUUAAAAAUAUAUAUUUUCUAAGGAGAAGGUUUUUCUGAUUGCUUCUAGUUUGGCAAACAUUGUACAGUUGAAAUGGAUUCACCUCUGUCUUUGCAGAUAAAAUGCUCAGUGUGUUUGAGUGAUUUUACUGAUCCGGUGACUCUCUCUUGCGAGCACUCGUAUUGUCGACAAUGCAUCACAGGCCACAUGCAAGCCAGCCUGGGAUCAAGCACUUGUCCUGAAUGCAAAAAGCCAUAUGGCAGAGAAGACCUAAAACAAAGCCGCCUUCUGAAGAACAUAACCUCGACAGUGAGAGAGCAUCUUUCUGCUGAGCGCAAAGCUGAUAACGUGAAGAGUCCGACAUCUAAAGAUGGAGGACAGGAUCUCAAACUUCCUGAAACAGAGCUGAUUUGUUCAGAGCAUGAUGAGAAGCUCAAACUCUUCUGUGAAACUGAUCAGAAGCUGGUGUGUGUCAUCUGUAGAGAUGGAGACAAACAUCAAGGACACAUUUUUAAACCACUGAAAGAGGCUUCUGACAUCAACAAGGGGGAGCUGAAGACUGCUUUGGGUUUUCUUGCCAACGAAAAUCGAAAGUUGGAUAAGAUGAUCCAAGAACAGACUACCGAGAUUACCAAAACUGAGGAAAAAUCCCAAACUUUAUUAGCUAAGAUUUCUGCUCAGUUUGAAGAAAUGCACCAGUUCCUACAGCAAAAAGAGGAAGAAGUGAAGAAACAGUUGAAGAGAGAGGAGAGCAAAAUUACUGAAGUCAUGCAGAAGAACCGUGCUGUGAUGGACAAAAGGUUUAUGGAGAGCAAAGAGAAAGAAGUUCUUCUACAGUCUGCCUUGGAAAUUAAGCAACCCGAUGACUUUCUACAGUGGUGGCAUGAGAAAGGAUUUCCACUGACCAAGGGCAUGAAAGAUAAAAGCAGUGUGGCAUCAGAUAUGAAGUACACUUCAAAUGUGAAAGGUCUUACUGUGGUUCCUGACUCUCUCUUCUUUGGCCCCCAUGAAACUCACCUGCAGUUCUUUGUGUGGAAGCAGAUGCUGGAAUCCAUCAAACCAGUUCCUGAGAGUUUGACUCUAAAAAAUCCAGGAGAGUCAUACUUAAAAGUGUCUCCAGGGGGCGCCAGAAUCCGUCAAGCUGACCGAACGUCUGCUCUGUUUAAGGGCUUCAAUCCUGGUACUGUUUCAGAGGAAACCUUUCAGUCUGGUCAGCACUACUGGGAGGUAGAAGUUGGGGAUAAACCAGACUGGACCGUGGGAAUCAUGAUGGGUGAAGUCAAACUGAAAUCAAAGUCAGCUGAGAGUGAGAUUCAGCUCCAUCUUAAACACAAUAAAGGAUACGUCCUGUCUUUUGAUGGACAAGAGACUUCGUUAAAAUCUCAAGACAAACCAAGGAAAAUAGGCUUGUAUCUGGACUGUACGAGAAAGCAGAUAUCUUUCUAUAAUGCUGACAACAUGUCUUUGUGGGCUCAAAGAAACUACAGAUCAAACAAGCCUUGCUGUGUUAGUCUUGUGCCAGGUCGUUAUCUAGAUGGAGUCAACAGUGACCCUCUCACUAUAUGUACAUAUAGGUUUAAAAAUAGCAAACUGUAACAUGCUGCUAUAGUGAUUGAUAUAUGGAUCUUACAAUCCGAUUGUGUUUUUUAAUAGUUUGCAUGAUUAUUGGGGCAAAUCAGCAGUUUCUUAUUUAAGAUCACCAAAAUUCCUGGUUGAUAGGAGAUUUCAUUAGAAAUAAAAUGCCCAAGGUGUAUGUACAUAAUAUCUAUUCUUAUUUUCUUGUUAAUGUAAUAUUAAUGGUAUACUAGUCCAAUAUUAACAAAAAUUCACAGCUAAUGUACAAUUGUUAAUGUUUUAUAGCUUUCAGAAAACUAUUAUUAUGAUUAUAUGUUCUUCAUAAAA